UUCUCAUCAGAAAUCAGUUCAGUUCAUUCCUUGAAUUUGAAAACAAUUAAAAAAAAUCAAUCAAACAAACAAAAAAUGUAUUUUUUGAAAUCAAUCGUCUUAAACCUACUUCUAGUAGCUCUGACUUGCUCGGGUCAGGUGUCGUCCAGUAUGGAAUCAUCCAUUACUUCUGAAUCUCUAACUUCUUCUGCUAUUGAAGAAAUUUCAAGUUCUGGUUCAGGAACAAAUGAAGGAUCAAUCUCAACUGUCGAAGCCUCUCAACCAUUAAGUCCACCAUCUUUGGAAACUCUGAACGAAUCGCAAACUGUUGGAGAGACUAGUUCUAAUGUUAUCGAUGAGACAUCAAGUUCUAAUGUGGUCGAUGAGACAUCAAGUCCUAAUGUAGUCGAUGAGACAUCAAGUCUUAUUUCACAAACUUCUGCAGAAUCAAUCUUAGCUCCUUCAUCUGAAGUCUCUUUAUCAUCAAGUCAACAAUCGUCUGAAGCGCAAACUUCUCCUGAUUCUCAGUCCAUUGGAUCAGAAUCACCAUCUGAGAUUUCAGUUUCAUCUGAAUCUCCAUCUAUAAGCUCUACUGAAUUAGAAUCUCCAACUGGAUCACAAAGCUCUUCGGAAUCAGCAGUUAUAGCUUCAUCUGAACCAGGAUCUCAAAAUAUUCCUUCGACUGAAGCUUCAUCAGAAUUAAUUCAAAAAGAAUCAAGUGCCGAAUAUGAAUCAAGAGAAUCAAUUGAAUCUCUUAUUAGUUCCGAAUCCUCAUCAGAUGCAAGUUCGAUUGAAUUAUCUUCACCAACGGAACCUUCUGAAGAAGUUUCAUCAGUUGAAUCAUCAGAAAGUUCGGUAGAUUGUUUCAUUCCUGACUGCAGAUGGUGUGAUCAUUUGGAAUUAGAAACCUGUGAAUGCUUCAGAGUUGCUGUUGAUUGUUUUAUUGGCUCAGUAUUAAGUGAAGAUGGCUGUACAUGUUUACCAAUUCCUGGCUGGAAUAGUUCAGCUUCUGAAGAGUCAACAACGGAACCAGAAGUCAGUGAAACUGAAUUAAGCUCAUCUCCUUGCUUCCCAGUUGAAUGUCCAAGAAAAAUGUUCUGGAAUCAAGCCACUUGCUCAUGUGAAUGUUUAAAGAAGAAAAUGUGUAGGAAUAAUUUAGAAUUUAAUCCUGCAACUUGCGAAUGUGAACGUAUGACAACAACCACACCACCUGUCAACACCACAACGCCUUUUGUGUGCUCAUUACCUUCAUGCAGAUGGUGUGACUUAUUGGACGAAGAAAAUUGUGUAUGUCAUAAAACUUACCUUGACUGUGCACCUGGUUUUGAACUUAGUUCUGAUAGAUGUGAAUGUGUCAAGCCCGAAUCUUCUGAAUCAUCUCAAAUUGUACCUAGUGAAUCAUCAUCAACAUGUGCUAUCCCUCCAUGCAGACCCUGUGAUAUUCUGGAUGUAGAUAACUGUGUAUGCCACAGACAAAUCUUAGAAUGCUCGGAAGGCUUUGAGUUGACAGACGAACGUUGUGGAUGUAUAAAAUCUGUAUCUACAUCUGAAAAAUGUCCAGGAUUGGAAUGUCCAAGAGGAACUUUCAUUGAUGAAAAGCGAUGUGAAUGCAUUAAUGAAGAGUGCAAAUCGGCUGAACCUUGCCGUAAAAAUUUAAUUAUGGAUAAAAAGAGUUGCGAAUGUUUCUGCAAUCUUAGUCCAUGGCAAUGCAAAUAUCCACAAGUUUUUGACCGUAAAAACUGCAAAUGUAGUAACAAAAAUCAUCAUGAAGAAGAAGACGAAGAUGAAGAUCCAGAAAACUGUGAUUAUGAAUGUGUCCAGAAGGAAAGAUGCCAUAAGAAUUUCAUCUUUGACUAUAACAAAUGCGAAUGUGUUUGUGAUUCAAGAAAAUCCACAAAGAAGUGUCCAGAAGGAACUAAAUUUGACAAAUCUGCUUGCGAAUGUGUUGAAUGUUUUGACUUUGACGAUCCACAAUGUUCAUGCGAUUGUGAUGAAAUUUUGGACUGUCCUGGAGAUCAAAUCUUCAAUUAUAUUGGCUGCAAAUGUGAAUGUCCAAAGAUUUACUGCGAAAAAGGAUUUGAGAUGGAUAAGAGAAGCUGCGAAUGUGUUUGGAAAGGAUAUGGUAAUCAGUAUAAGUAUGGUGGGCGUUCAAAACAUUCUUUAAAGGGUGGAUAUUAA